CUUGAUUACCGACUUAACUUUAACUUAAUACCCCGUUAAUGCCAGAACAGAUUAAUCAUCAGUUUGGAUAUCACCUUAUAAAUAUCAUUCAAUCCACAAAUCAUUCAGUUCCAUUUAUUCUUCAAAUUAAUCCUUUCAGAUAUUUCUACCACAUUCAAGAAAACGUUCAUUGUAGCAAUUAAACUCCAGUAGAAAAUCAAAGAAAUCAUCCCAAUUCAAAUCUUUUUUUUCAGUUUCUGGGUUCUUGGUGUUGUUAAGUAAUGUCUUCGAGUAGUGAUUCACAGGUUGCAGAGAGAGACCCAACAGGGCAAUACGUAAGGUACGACGAGCUGUUAGGAGAAGGGAAAUGGAAAAGAGUUUACAAAGGAUUUGAUGAGUUUAAUGGUAUAGAAAUUGCUUGGAGCGUCGUAGUUGUAAGAGAUAUAUUAUUAUACUCUGCUUCUGAUAUUUGGCAUUUGAUUGCAGAAGCUGAAUUGAUGAAGUUGUUAGAUCAUGAAAAUAUAGCGAAAUGCUAUCAUUUUUGGAUUGAUUAUGAAAACAGUAAACUUCACUUGAUUACUGAGUUUUUUUCAUCUGAGACUCUGUUACACUACAUCGUCAAACAUGGUCCUGUAAAUCAUACAUCAAUCAAGAAUUGGUGUAGACAGAUUCUUGAAGGGUUGGAUUAUCUUCACACUCUUGAUCCACCGAUUGCUCAUCGUGAUGUUAAGUUAAUGAACAUCUUUGUUGAUGGAAAUUCUGGGAUUGUUAAACUUGGUGAUUUUUGUUCCGCCAAGUUAAUUGAACCAGGGAGUAGGGAACACAGUUAUUAUGGUUCAUCACCGUUCAUAGCACCAGAAAUUUACCGAGGAAAUUAUAAUGAGAUGGUUGACAUAUAUGGUUUUGGGAUGUGCGUACUAGUGAUGAUCACUCGAGAAAUCCCUUACACAGAAUGCAGAAACCAGGAUGAGUUCUACGCAAAGGUUAAGAACGGUGUAAAGCCUGACAUACUAAACAACGUGACAGACCCACAGAUUAAGCAGUUUCUUGAGAUGUGUUUUGCUCCUGCAUCUAUCAGACCCACUGCAAUUGAGCUUCUGAAUCACCCGUUUCUUGCAGUUGUGAGUCAAGCCGAGUCAAGUACGAGUCAAGCCGAGUUAAGUGUGAGUCAAGUCACGAGUGCUCAGGUGGAUGGGUUAAUGCAGGUUGUGAAGGAGAUGAAGUGUGGGGACAAGAUAUUUAAACUACAAGGGAGUAAGAAGCGCAAUGUUAUUGCACCAAUGAGUUUGAGUAUUAGUUAUAAUGUUGAAAAUAAGAUGAAGUUUGAGUACCCAAUGGCAAUUGAAACAGGUAACAUUGAUGAGUUUGUCAAGGAGAAGAUUGCUACACAAAUGAAUUUGACAACUGAAGAUGGUGAAGUGGCUACUGAGAUAAUAAAAGAACUAAGAACAGAGCUACUGUCUCAACCUAAUACUGUUGAUAAUCAGAAGUUGAUGUCAGAGGAAUUAUCAGAUUAUAAUAUUGGGAACUUAUUUGCUGAGAAUCCUUCUGAUGCCAGGCCGACGACACAUGAGAUAUUGAUUGAGUCCAUGGGAGAUGGAGAUGAAGCUGAGGCUGAGAAUAAUAAUGGAAUGCUUAGUUGCUUAGGGAAGUUGCUGUCAUCCGUUUGCAGCAACCCAUAGCCCUAAUUUUGCAUGUACUUACUAUAUAGUUAGCAAUACAAUUUUGUUGAAUAUAUGGUUUAAUCUUUUGUUUGUGUUUCUGGUUAUGUAAUUUGGAGAUGCUAGUUUAAUUUCAAGUACUCGAUCAGUAGAAAAGUGAAUAAUUUCGUCUA